AUGAUAGGACAGGGUUUAGAACGUCCUGAUAAAGGAAAGUGGGUAGCAAGGCCUAAAAAGUGGCAACGGCAGGCACCGAAGUAUGUAGUUAGGGUGCCUACUACACUACCUACCAUUGCUGACCCCAGUCCAUCAUCUGUGCGACCUCCUUCUACCCUUGCAGUAGACCUUACUCCUACCCCUACAGUACACCCUUCUCCUACCUCUGCAGUACACCCUUCUGCUACCCCUGUAGCAGACCCUCUUCCUCCUCUUGUGAAUAUAACCCCCAUUCCUCCUCCUGUGAUUAUAAACCCCACUCUUCCCCCUGUGCUUAUUACUCCCACUCCUGCCCCUGUGCUUAUUACCCCUACACCUCCCCCUGAUCCUACUUUUAUACCUUCCUCAUCUUCUAUACCGUUUUCUGAGAUUGUCACACCAUCUGCUGAUCCAGAUUCAGCUGGUGAUCGUGAUGGUGUUGACCCGCCCCUCCAUGAUUGA